AUGUGUAUCAGGGGUGAGAGUCGUGGUAUGUCGAUCGGGUCAAACGUAAAUAACACAUACCAGGCUCGUACUUUCUAGACAGAGCUCAACGAUACGACUCGUGGUUAAUUUUCGCCGAUGUCUUUCUAUUUCAGUUAUGUGUUAUUUUUCGUGCCGCAUUCGCACGUUCAAAUAUAUUUUCUUAAAUAUAUUACAGAAAUAGCUCUAAAAAAAUGUCUUCAAAAAGAAAGCAUUGAUGAGAACAGUGAAAGUUGUACUAACAUUGCAAAUAAUGAUUUGAUAGAUAUUUUUAAUAGUGAUAUUGAUAGUAAUGAUAUUUUAUUUCCUACGAAAACGUUGGAAGCCAUUGAUAUUUUUAAUAUGAUAUUUGAUAUGUUCUGGAAAAAUAUUGUAACGGAGACGAAUCAGUACGCAGAACAAACUAUAAACAAUAAAAAUAAAAGACGAAAGAUCGACGAAACUUGGUUUCCUGUAGAUUGUAAUGAAAUAAAAAUGUAUUUUGCAUUACGUAUAAUAACGGCUCAAAAGUGUAUACAAUGGAAGAGGAUAUUUGUUACGUCUCGGCUCGACGGACGACGGAAGAUAGCGAACGCUAUAGUUCAGCCGAAGUGCGUAAACACCAUGCAAUCUUUUGCCCAACCGGCACGUACGUUUGAUUCUGGGAUCCGCGGUGAAGUCUGCAGAUUGGAACGCCUUCAGGAUAGGAUCGUUUGUUGCGCGUUAAAGUUAUUCCGUCGCGAUACGUUCGCGGUGUUAAACAGUCAGCUCGAAUUGGCAGGAUGUCAUACGCCCUAUGCGUCAUAUGCCUUAUGAUCAGAAGCCAUCCCAUUGCUUCCAAAAAUGUCAUAAUAGUUCAAAUAAAUACAGCCCGGAAAAAUAAAGAAGUCAGUCAGUUUGUAAAAGAUCUUCAACUUGCGUCUUUAUUCUGUCCAGUCUUGUUGCACAUUUGUUUUUCUUGAAAUCAACCGGAUCCUACCGUGAUAUCAGCAUAACCUAUGCAAACUUUCAGAGGAAUCCUUGAUCCUUAACUUAAUAGUAACAAACUUGUGAAGUACGGUGUUAUCUAUGACGAAUGUUAAGUAUUGAUUGUUUCUCUUUGAAUAAAAAAACCAUAAAUUUUAAUUUUUAGCGGGGAUUAUCCUUCGAGGACUUCAUAAGUUUGUUACCAUUAUGGCUUCGUUCUUAGAAACGUUAGAACUCUAAUAAAAAUUGAAAAAAAAGAUUUCUGACAAAGAUUAAGAAAUUCCGUUUUAUUACACGGGAGGACUUUUCCUGUUUCCUUACAAUGGAAUAUUUUAGAAGAAUAACCUUCAUACUGCAUAACAAUUAGAAAAAAAGCGACGCCAGUUCCUGUAAGUAUACAAGCGUUAUUCGAUAUUUCGAAUUUGCUUAUUACGUCUCGAAGAGUUGCUUUCGUAUUAUUUUUUUUAAUAGGAAAUGUUUAUAUCUAAAACUAAUUUUCACUUUAUUAAUUAGUUUCACAAUUAAUUAAGUUUUGAAAUAAAUGUUUGUGAAUAUAAUAUUUAAAAAUAAUUAUAAUAUUAACAUAAUAAUAAUUUUCAUAAUAAAUUGUUAAUAAUUGUAUCUUGGGUGAUAUAUUUCGAAACAAGGAUUCACACAUAUAAAUCUACAUUGUAAAUUUUACAUUGAUUCCGCUUUCACAUUGAUUCGCCGCUUUCUUUUUAGUAUUAUCACUUUUAUAUAUAGAUGGAAAAUGUUUUUCAGUUCGGAUUAUUUUAUGCGGAUUUGUUACAUUUAAUAAUUUUUUAUGACAGUUUAAAGUUUCCAGAAUUAACUGCAAAUAAGAUUUUUUGUUUUAAAUUUGUAUAUGCGUUUCAGAGCCGUAUGUAUUGAAUAAGUGAAAGAAAUAUUUUUUAUACCACUUGAUGUUUUUUCUUUUAAAGUGGAUAGGGUUUGUAAUCAUAUGUAAUUUAUUUACCCAUUAAACGAUUGUAAUCGACUAUUUACUUUUUUAUAAUUUCUUUUGUACGAUAAUAUUCUUUCGUAUUAAUCAAUUCUAUAGAGUGGCAGCAUUUAUAAUAAAAUAUAUAAAAUAUAUUAAGAUACAUUAUAUAAUAAAAUAAUAAUAUACACUUCUCUUUUCUCGUAUCACUUUCAUCGUAUUGCUAAUAAAUAAUUUUCGCCCUUUUUUCGUCAAUUUUUGGCAUUUUUUUACGUCUUUUUUAACUAUAUCAAGCAUUCAACUGUUAUGCAAAAUAGACUAUACUAAUUGUCCACAUACAGUGUUAUCCUUUUUUUCAAAUAAGUAAAUACAUUACAAUCGAUUUUGAUUUUCUAAUAUUAUCAUAUUCAUUGUUACUGUUGCAAUUAUAUCCAUCACAAAUCAAUAAUUAUUUGUUGAGACAAUGGGUACUAUAAUGUUUCAAAGAAAAGCAAUUGAAAAUAAUCUAAAAUUGAUGACGAUCUUUCCUUUUAUUCCUGAACGUAAUUUCAAAAAUUUAUGAAUUUUAAACUGAAAGUCUAAAUUUCAUAAAACUCCAUAAUAUUGCAGGUACAUUCUUUUCUUCAAUUGGAUUUUUUCGUAUUCAUUUUCAGAUUCGAAAAUGCUCAAUAUAUUUCUUUUAAUUCUUUUAUGACUUAAAAUUUACAUUAUAUCUUUCUUUGUCUGAUGAUAAAAUAUUUGCAUUUUUCUUUGAUGGUUUCUCAACAAUUCUUUUUGUAUUAAUUUGAAUCAUUAUAAAGUGAGUAAUAUCUAGAAAUAUAAAUACGAUAGUUUGUAUCAUUUUCUCUAUUUUUUGAUGCGAUAAAAUUGUAAAAAUUUAAAUAAGUUUCUCAUAGGAAGAACAAAAGUAUAA